AUGUCCAGAGAAAUCACACACAGCGAGAACUCGCGUCUUACGCAAUGUUCCAAGUCACAAGAACCCGAAAAACAGCCAGAUCCCAUUACUAGUAUGCCAACUGAAUGGGAGCCCCCAUUGGCGCCAAUACCAAGGCGCUGUUUCAUCAUCCUAUGCUAUAUUUUCGUGGCAGACUCGAACCUUGAAAGUUUUUGGAAGAGAAUCAGUAGAGACUCCUCGAAGGGCUGGGAGGACUAUCAUGCCGAAUAUUUUGACUUCCUUAACCGCAUAAGCACCGUGCAAGGGCUGCUGCUCACAACGUCAGCUGUCUUCAUCUCAACCGCCGCCCCGUUAUCUAUCCUAAAUUAUGCUGCGGACAUUCCAUACGCAUGUUUGUCUGAGUCGCUCGUCUUCGCUUUGUUCGGGCUGUUCCUGCAGUUGUUUGUCUCUGCCUACUUGGGACCACGAUAUAAACGCACGAAAACAUUGGACGAACUCAAAGAGAGACGCUGGAUGAUCUUUUGUCACCUCUUCAAUUUAGCUCUCCCAGCUCUGCUCUUCAAUACUUCGUUGGGCUGGCUCUUAGCGGCUAUUGUCAUCACCGGGUGCACGUCACAAUCACUCCUAACUCGUAUUCUCACGAUCACCACCGUUGCUGCUCUGGUCUUGGUGGAAUUUCUAUCCUUCGUGGUUUUGCCUCCAUUCAGAAAAUUCUGGGCAGUUGCAUGGUGGGGUGUUCACUCUCAUAGAUCUGGACAUCAAGGAUAG